AACUUCAUUUUUUCGUUCUCUGCUCCCCGAGCCCCUUUCAGGUGAACGUUACCCGUCGGAGCCGUGGGGCGGGUGCCCGGUGGGCCGCGGCCGCCGUCCCUGCCGGCCGGCUGCGCUCCCCGACCUGGUCGGCUAUGCUCCGUUACGCGGCCCCUACGGAGGCGUUACCCUGAAAACGCACGUGGCACCUCAUACUUUCUUUUUCUUCUUUUAAUUGACGUUACUUCCUACUGCGUUUGCUGAAAUCUCCGAACGUGGUUGUGACGCGCUUGAGGGAGUAACGCGGAGCACGGCCUUCACGGUUUACGCCUAACCGAGGUGCUGUGCUUGCUGUGCCCCCGGUCCUGUGUCAGACUCCGUCCUCGCGUUUACGCGAAGGAACGUGUGAUCUAACUGGAAAUCACGGCGUUGUCCCUGUGGCUUCUGUGGCCGAAAUAAGGCCUCAGGAAGGCAACUGAAGCGUGUUUAAAACUAACCAAACAACAUCUCUGCUGACAACCGGGAGAACGAACUUUGUACUGACUCCUGGUCCAAAUCCUGGGCUCUGCUGUCUAAACCAAAACCGCCCAGAGCUUUCGUAAAUCAUCCUACUCGUUUCGCCUCUUGGCGGAUAAAAUAAUAAAUGUGAGGGCUGCUGUUAACUGUGGCAGUAUUUGCACGUGAUUGGGGAAAAGGCGAAAAGAAAUUCAAACCCACAAGGUGUUGUCGUAGCAAACUAGCCGGUGAACAGCUGCUUCUUUAUUCUUGCGCAUCGCGAGUUUUAUUCUGAAGAGCAGCCGUCCUAAAUUAGUUCGGUGUGGGGACUGUAAAGCCCACGUGCUAGAGCGAUAUAUAUCCUAUUGAACCCGAACAAUUGUAGCGACGCUGUUGGAGUGACUUCAGACUGCUUUUAUUUAUUUAUUUAUUUUUUUUUUGGGUCCCUUAUUACUGGUGAAAAUUUUGCCUCUUGGACAUCACCGAGGCCUCGGCAGGUCGCUCCUCAGCGAUGCCUGCGCCUUUGCUGUUGUCCUCUCAGGGGCGAACGCCUGGUGGUGAAGAGCAGCCUCAAAGGCCUGGCCUCGGCCAGCACCGGGAGCAGGAGCUUGCGCUCUGGUUUGGCACGCAGCACCACCUGGUGGCAGAGGGAUGGCAGCAAAGCCGCGGCCGCAGACCUGCCUGCGCAUCGCGCUGCCUGCUCGGAAACGCUCGUUGUACGCCUUCGCGCUGUCGAAUGAGUCUUCUUCGCAGUCUCACUGGUUGACAACAGAGGAAAGGAACCAAGUUUUACUUGAUCUUAAAGCUUCAGGCUGGUCUGAGUUAGGUGAAAGAGAUGCCAUCUACAAAGAGUUCAAUUUCAAAAAUUUUAAUCAGGCUUUUGGAUUUAUGACACGAGUUGCUCUACAAGCAGAGAAGAUGAAUCACCACCCAGAAUGGUUUAAUGUCUACAGCAAGGUUCAGAUAACUCUUAUUUCUCAUGACUGUGGUGGACUGACCAAAAGAGAUGUGAAGCUGGCCCAGUUUAUUGACAAAGCUGCUGCUUCAGUGUAAUACAGAUGUGAAAUGUUUUAAUAUCGUUGCUACCAAUAUUUUGUGUUUAAAUAGAAUCAUUCGUUUAUUGUAACCGAUUUAGGCAAAGUCCCUCAGAGGACAAGAUACUUUGUUUAAAAAAAAAGAAUGGCUUAGCCUUGUCUGCCUUUAAUAUUACCUCAGUCUGAGAGACCCCCCUCUAAAUAAGCCUGGGCUUAUCCUUUGUCGUUGCUGGCUUCACAUGAGGAUACGGCAGCUAAAACAGCAAAAAAUUCAUUUUGAACAAUCCUUUUCUAGAAAUGAAAAUAGUGAUUUUUAAUAUUCGAAGCCAAACCCGGGAGCAUGCUUCGCUGUCCACAGAACAAAAAGCUGGAAUGAAGACUGGACCCCAUCCAGAGCUGUAAGCGCUCCCCGAGCCCGCAGGAGUCCAGGUGGGUAACGGACCCUGCAGCCCCCUCGGGAGGAGAGCGCAAAGGCAGCUGCCACGUGAGUGUGCCCUCGUGCCUAGCCGUUUCCUAGGUUUGUACGUCUCUGUACUUCAAAGACAGAACAGCAGCCGUACUAAGUCGUUGCCAUCCUGUCUCUGAUGGCUGGUAGCAAGCGCUUAGGGAAGAUGCUAAGAACAAGGCAAGCAGUCUGCGGCUUGAUGCUUCCUUGAAGUAGUCGGCAGAUCCUGCAGUCUGCAGCUCAGCUACAGCCUCGUGUUUAGUUAACUUCCAGGAGAUGUUUCUUCGGUGUGUUUGUCUAAUGGCCUUUGGAACCCAUCUGUCCUUUUGGUGUCCAUGGCCUAGCAUCUCAAUCAGGUGAAAGUGCUACUGUGUGCUUGAGAAUUGUUUCCUUUCUGACGAGGCGUAGGGCUGGAUCCUACAGCUGCUGGAAAUUGUAAUUCUGAUCCAGCAUAUAUG